CUAAAUUCUAGAAGGUUAAAAUAGGUUAUUUCUAUCAAAGUGUACUUUAAUAUGAUAAUAUGUGUAAUGGGCCAACCACAAGGAGGUUUAAAAACGAAAUAGAGCGUUUUAUAACAACUGAAACUCUGAGAAUGUGUUAAUUACAGAAAGGCAGAAUGAUACUGUGGGGUUUUUCUUAUGAAUUCCACUUCCUGGAUUGCUGCGGCUUGUUGCUGCGCGUAAGUCCUCACACAAACAAAGGCUGGGCUCUGGAAGUUCUUGUAAAUGAACUACCUGGAGGGAAGCGUCAACGUACGGCGCGGAAGAAUUCGCGGAAGAGCCAAACUAUAGAAAAAAAAACUGAAAAGGAACUGGAGUUAUCGGUCUAACAUGCAAAUUCUCACAUGACGAGACGAGGAAGAAGAGCAGGAAACGGGGGGCGUGGCCUGCCAGACUUCACUUUGCGUUUUUAAAAAAGGAAAAAAAAAUCUGGGGGGACUUAUUUUAGGUGAGCUUCUAACAGAACGAUGGAAUAUGAAGACAAAGAGCAAAACAGAGCAGACCUCAAAAAACUAUCCUUCUGAAGCAGUUUUAUCACCUGUCUUGAUGGACCAAACACUUCCCACUCGAAGAUCACCUUCAGAACAACCAGAAGCUGACAGCGAGGAGCUCCAGCUCAAAGUGGACUUCUUCAGGAAGCUGGGUUAUUCCACCGCAGCAGUGAAGACUGCUUUGAGAAAGCAGGGCCUGAACACGGACACAAACGCCGUUCUAGGGGAGCUGGUCAGGACCAGUACCGGCUCUGCGCCCUGUGUUUCUGAGGGCGGCAACAAGAGCUCCAAAGACCCUCUACCACCUCCAGCGGGGACCAUGUCAUCGCAGCAAGGAGACCAAAAGAGAGCCGACACAGAACUGAGGCCGAUCAUCAUAGACGGCAGCAAUGUUGCCAUGAGUCAUGGAAACAAGGAAGUGUUCUCAUGCCGGGGCAUUCAGUUAGCGGUGAACUUCUUCCUGGACCGAGGUCACAGUGAGAUUACAGUGUUUGUUCCCUCCUGGCGUAAAGAGCAGCCCAGAAGUGAUACUCCCAUAACAGGACAGCACAUCCUGACAGAGCUUGAAAAACAAAAGAUUGUGGUCUUCACGCCAUCCCGGCGCGUUGGGGGCAAACGCGUGGUCUGCUAUGAUGACCGUUUCAUUGUCAAGGAGGCGUGCGAUUCUGGCGGAGUGAUCGUGUCCAACGAUACCUACCGUGAUCUCCAAGGAGAAAGACCUGAGUGGAAGAAAUGCAUCGAAGAGAGGCUCCUCAUGUACUCAUUUGUAAAUGACAAAUUUAUGCCACCAGAUGAUCCUCUGGGUCGACAUGGGCCCAGCCUCAGCAACUUCCUUAGAGUAAAGCCACUCCCAGUGGAGCAGAAACGACAACUAUGUCCAUAUGACAAAAAGUGCACGUAUGGCCUCAAAUGUAAGUUCUACCAUCCCGAGAGGGCGAACCAGUCCUAUCUGUCGCUGGCUGACGAACUGAGAGAGAGAGCCCAGAUUUCUGCUGUGACAGAGGAUAGAUCUGCGAGAUUAUCCCCGAGACAGCCUCAGAAUGACUCUCCCCACCCUCAGGACAAACACCUCCCCAGAGAGCGGCAGAGUGCCUCACUUCCAGGUCUGGUUAGUGAAAACAAACUGCUUUAUUGGGAGAAUCCAAAAAAGCAUCCAAACCAUAUUGGGUCUUCCCCCGCUGGGGGCCAGUACCAGAAAGAGUGGCCUUCGUUACACUUGGCUCAGAACUCCUACUACGGUACCAUGCCUCACGAGUGUUUGGAUUCUGGUUUCGACUCUUUUGACAGUUACAGCUCAGAUGUUUCACAUUCUCACAGCGGCAAUCACCAAAUGAGACCCCACUGUCAAAACGCCUUUUCAGGACCGGCUUUUUUAGAACACACUAAGACCAGCCAGUCCUGCAGGUGCUGUUCUCACACCCAGCAACAAAACAGAAACAUGGACUACAAGGGUCAACCCUUUAAUAAGACCUACUCUCCAAAUAUGUUCCCAAGCAACAUGCCUCAACAGCACAGCCUCCCCAGCCACUUAAACUACAAUGGGACGCCCCACCUGCCGCAUAGCUACUGGUCAGAUCCCUUCCAGGGCAUGCCCGUCAUCAGAGCGGUGAGCAGCCUCCCUUCAGAGGUCCAUUCCUCACAUUCCCAUAGUUCCUCCCAUCAGUACCAACCCUGGGGACAACAACCACCUUCCACCUCGUUUGACCCAGAGAGGUCCGAACUUUGCAAAAAACUGCAAGCCAUCUUCAACCCGAAGCAAGUGGAUGAGGUCAUGACGAUGUUCCCGAAUCUGACUGAUCCAGAAAAACUGGCUGCAAAGAUACUUAACCUUAAAGCUCAAAGGCAGAUUUUCUAAACUCUUUUGUUACAUCAUUGUACAGAAGUUCGUUGCAGCAAAGAGUAGAUCUUAUGGAUCUCAUGAAAUGAACUCCAAGCUUGUAUCUUAUUCUUCGUGUGCCGUAAUGGACAUUUAUUUAUGGGCAAUUUAGCCAAAGUUUGAGUUUUCUGUAUGACCACGAAGUCAAAAGUGACCUUGUCAUCCAAGUUUUGGAUAAAAGUGCCUCUCGACCAAAGUUGGUCAAGAUAAAAUGUCUACAUUGUUGAUGCAUAUUGCAUUGCAUGAGAUUUUUUUUAUGUUUUCUCAUUGUUUUUUAUUGCUUCAUGAUAUUACUCCAGAACAGCCUUUCUAUUCAAUAUGACCUCCUUGGCAUGGAGCUGCAGUGUAUUCAGAUAUGUUGGAAUUGCACAAUGGUUUUGUCACAAGCUGGAAUUUUUUAGUCUGUGUGUCACCUUUCGCUUCCUUAAAAAGUUUCUUACAUAUUCUGAAAAGCUGCUGUAUUGAAAGUGUGUGAUUAAAAUAACAAUUCUCAUCAAGA